AGUCUUCUACUAGUGUGUCAAACAUGCAGGUUACUAGUGUUGGAAAAUCAAUCUGGAUUUACGCUUUACAACUUUUUUCUCUGUCACUUUGGGGUAAGUGUCAUUCACUGUAAUUGUCUCUAAAUGUAGGCAAUUGUUUCUUAUGUUUUGUUAAAAAAAAAAAAAACUUCAAGUAUCACGUUACCAAAACCAUCUUUUUUUUGUAAUAUUUGUUGUUUGUUGAAACUAAAUGUUUAAUCCUUUUUACAAACAGGUCCUUCUUUUGCCAAAUCUCUCAUAGCUGAACUUAAAGGAAGGGUUUUAGUUCCAGUAAAACGAUGUGUAAUGAUUUGUAAUCAACAGUUUGGUACAAAUACAGCGUCACAACAUGAAGUAAUCAGAGUAAUGUUUUUCAAUUCUUUCGUCAAAGCUGAACGGUUGCUCCAAACCUUAGAUGAAUCUGUGAAACUCGACUGCUUCUUCUGUCUAUAGGAAGCCUAUCAGCCUCCACGACCUCUCCCACACUUCCAGCUCCUGAGCUUCACAUCCACCUGAGGUCAAGGGACUUGGUGGUAUUGGUUUGCCGGGUUCCACAGGGCCACCAUGGGGCCAACUUCAUGUUGUACAGAUACAUGGAACAGGUUUUAACUCAAAGCAUAUAUUUUUGUGUAUCCCCUGUGCCACCACAGUCUCCUGUGAUUUCAUUUUGCUCUGUUAUUUUUCUUGCUUCGUUGAGGUGGACUCUGAAGAGCGGCAGUCAGGCGCAGAGGAGGUUCAAUUCUCUGUGAGAGUACAAGAAGGAGAUUCAGGCCAACAUGAACUCUUCUGCUGCCUCUACAAGGACCAAGCCGGUCGAUACAGCGCCUUCAGUCCCUAUUUACGGGUGGAGCACCAAAAUGGUAUGUCUGUGUAACUUGAUUUACGCACACUUCACUUUUGUAUGAAGUUGUUUCUUCCCGGUUUACAGAAAGUGGAGCACAAGGGUAAAGGAUGUGGAGUUAAUGUGUUCAAUCUGCACCCUGUUGUGAUUCUACAUGUGGUAUAAAAUAAUAAACACUCCCAUCCGCUGCUGCAGCAUGCAGGUGCUCACUGUGGUUUCACAUUGUCUUCCGCUCAGUGGGUGUGUUAAGUGCCGUUACAUCCUGCACUUCAUAUAGAAACCACACUCACUCAGACACACAAUAGCAACAUCAAACACAAUGUGUGUUCCCUCCUGUUAUUCGGUUACAGAAAGAGGUUUGGCUAGCCACUGUGGCAAACCAAGGCUGUCAGCAUUAACGGGGAUUUAAGUCUAGACUGUUCAAAGAAGGGGUGUACUCAUAUGAUGAAAUGAGUGUGAAUUUAAGACUUAGAAUUCAACAUUUAGCUGGUUUCUUGAGCUGAAAGUUACCCUAGCAAGAAAUUGGGAAACCUUUGGUGAUCAAACCUGUACAAUGUGUGUAAAGAUACAGUCCAUACCCAUGGCAGGGUAAACCAAACAGCUGCUGAUAGACACAAAUCAGGUAACUCAAUUUACAAUUUAAAGGGAUAUUCCGGCGUAACAUUAAUUUAGGGUCAAACACACCAUAACACAGAGUAAGACACCCCGUCGAGAGAUGAAUGUUGCCGCUUGCUUCUCUAGUUAAACCAACUUUAGUAACAACCGCAGGAGAGCAAUACACAGCGGUCUGAGGAGCCAUAAACAAACCUCAACCACAUUGCCACCCUAUCACCACAAAUAAUGCUCAGAGCAGUACCUAACUUCAUCAACAGGACAUAGAGGGUCCCAGCCAUAGCACUAACCACCAAACAUCUCUUUAGCUUUGCCUAAUUUCUUCAGCAAAGAGACUAAACACAACUCACCUACUCUCUUCCAGCAGCCGCUGUUUGUAGCGAGACCUCGGGCCAGUCCAUUACGGACUACAGUGGGGUGCCGCAGCUCAAGGAAGAAAAAUUGUGAUCAUUUCUUCAUGGAAAUGCAAUCAGACUGAGACGCUAAGGCAGAAGAACUACUGUGUCUGCUGUGCAAAAUGAUUGAUAUGAUGAUUAUUACUUUAAGGAAAUGAUAAAGAAAUGAUUCAGACCACUGUGUAUUGCUAUCGUGUGGUUGUUACUAAAGUUGGUAUAACAAGAGAAGCAAGCAGUCAGCAACAUUCAUCUCUCGAGGGGGUGUCUAACUUGGUUGUUAAGGUGUGUUUGACCCAAAACUGAUUUUAUGUCGGAAUAUCCCUUUAAGUGUAAACAUAAUGUUAUUAGGAUUUUAUUUUCUGAAAAGCUUGUAAACAAGUCUCCCUCAAGUGGCUCUUUUGAGAACUGCAGUUUUUGGCUCUUAUCUGUUGGCUUUCAUUUUACCCAGUUUGGUUAAAGAGUGAACAAUUAUCAAAUCAAGCAGCCACAAAAGCAUCAUUAUGGUUCUUUUCUUUUCUUUUCUUCUCUACUCCAGAUGCCGACCCUACCCACUCUGUACCCUCUUUCCCUCCUCCUGUCCUGUCUGUGACGCCCCGAUCUGGUGUGGUAAAAUGUGGAGACACGCUAUCCUUCAGCUGCUCGGUCCCCGCUCUCCCUCAGUCUAUAUCUAGUCAUAACAACAACCCAGUGGUCUUCCUUUUGCUAAGGACUGCUGAGGAAACAGGGGUGGCAACUGUCAUCCUCCAACCCCAGGCAAGUCGGGCUCCAAACGGUGGGCCCCAGCCAGGACUCUUCUCCAUGGGACCAAUUAAGGGAGGAGAGGAGGGUGGUUACACCUGUCUUUACCAGAUCAGCAUGAAAAAAGAAGUAAUUAACUCAACUGUGAGCAACAUGGUUCAUAUCUCAAUAAUGGGUGAGGAUCUUUUUCAUAUUUACUAACUUUCUGUGCCUGCUAACUUUGUGACAGCACCCUUGGUGAAUUUCACUUUUCUACCUCAUUGUAUAACUUUGAAUUUUUAUAAGAAUCUGAUGUUUAAAACCUGCAUUUAUUUCAAUUAUCGUUUUACUUUGCAUCUUAAUCAAACUAGUGUUUCUUGGCAUUUCUUGAACUUUGUACCCUUUUGACACCGUUCAUAUGCAGAGUGGAACACCAACAUUAUUUCUAGUCAGAAUUAGACUGAUGUUUGCCACAAAUGUAUUUUACUCCCUAUUUAUUUAUCAGAGUCUGCGUGUAGACAGAUAACUGUCUUGUAAGAAAGGACAGCUUUUUCUUCCUUAUACCUUUUCAAUCUGUUGUUUCUGUUUUCAGAUGCGUUGCCGCUCCCCACACUUGUUCUCCAGCAGCAGACAGAUGUGUGGCAUUUACUCUGCAGAGGCUCUCCUGCGUACCCCGAUGCUGUAUUUUCCCUCUACCUGGCCGAUCAUGAACUCCCUGUUGCCACUCAACAUGCGACUAUGAUGAACUAUCAGGUCGCCUUUCAAGUCCCCGUCCAGGAAACUCUGCUGGUUUUAUACCAGUGCGAAUACAGUGUCCUCCUUGGAGGGGCAUGGAGCAACUCCGAACGAAGCCUCCCUCUGGCUGUAACAAAAGGUAUGGAUCUCCAGUGGCGCCUUAUGUGUGGCUUGGUUAGACAAUACUUCAACACAAGAUGUGACAGUUUGUUUCUUUUCUGCUCUUUUAGGAAUCCCCCAUCCUCCUCCAUCAUCACCAGGUAGACACACAGAUACACUAAAGCCUUGGUUGUGAAUUUCAGCUACAAAAAACAAAAAGGAUUGAUACAGUUCAAAGACCUAAGCCUUGUUAUCAACAAUAUGAGUUGCUACAUCUACCUCUAAUCAUCGCUAUUGACACCACUGAAUAUUCUAGACAAAAUGUAUGGAAGUAAAUCUGUGCCAUCUGAUUUUGAAUUCUGUCGUUCUGUUUUACACUAAAUUUUUUGGCAUGGAAUUUUUUUUAUGUUGAAUUUUUUUUUCCACAGUUUUUUUAGUUGAAUUUUUACUAAACAAAUAUUUUGAGAGACUGAGUUUUUUUUACACUGAAUUUAUUUCAUCAUUGUGAAAAAAUAAGAAUCAGAAAUAAAAAUGCAUGCUUGAAAUUCAAUAGUUUCGAAAUUCAAAGUCUGAUUUUGAUGCAAAAAAAAAUCAGCUUUAGAAAUUCAAAUUUAAAAUCAGAUGGCACAGAUUUACUUCCAUAUGCAUCAAUCUGUUUUACACUGAAUUUUCUGACACUGAAUUUUUUUACAUUAAAUUUGUUUUUAUGUUGAAUUUUUUUUGCACAGUUUUUUUUUUAUUUGAAUUUUUAACAAAUAUUUUGAGAGGCUGAGUUUUUUUACACUGAAUUGAUUUCAUCAUUGUGAAAAAAUAAGUGUUAGAAAUAAAAAUGCGUGCUUGAAAUUCAGUAGUUUCGAAAUUUUAAGUCUGAUUUUGAUUGAAAAAAAUUCAGCUUCAGAUUUACUUCCAUAAAAACGUAUUUUAAAAACCUCACAAUAAUGCGAGUCUGAUGUCUCCAGAUGUCUCCAGCGUGGACUGGCCUCUUAUUCUGGGCUCCUUCUCUGCUGUGGUUUUGUUUCUCUGUUUGCUCGUCCUCGUGGUUAUUGUGACACUCCAGAAAGGUAUUGCACACAUGAAUCUCUGACUGCUUCUGUUUUUCUCGCUAUCACAUUACACUGUCAUGAUUGUCUUCCUCUGUGAAAUGUUGUAAACCUCUCGCUCUUCCUGUUUUCGUCCUCAUGAAAAGUUAAAGCAGCAGCAGAAGAAAGGAAAAAAAGGUAUUUCCUUCUUCUUGGUGAUAAGAUGAUUUUGUGGUCUUGUAGUGUAGUAAAUGUAAAGGAGUGAGAUUGAUGUGAGCACUCUGACAGCCAUGACACUUUUAGAGUAGGUUAACUGCAGAAAUUUUUCAAAUGACUACAACAUAAUAAACUGUUUAAUAUCACAUAUAGCUUUCUUUACUGUGAUUUAUCAUUUGGAAAUACAAAAUGGCCAGCAGAGAAAAUGAGCUCUUAAUUCAUCCCUCUUUAUACCAUUCUAUACAGUUUAUCAAUAUCUCAUCCUAGGCUUGCUUUGAUUAAGAGCUUCAUUUAAGGUUAUGAUGCAGAUUUCUUUAAUUUAAUUCCAUUUAAUUUGUGUAAUAAAGUAUUGAACGAGUGUGUUUUUUUAAAUGUUGCUGUUUUACUCUUACAGAGAGCAAGCACAGUUUUGGACCCAAGUUCAUGCUAAGGAUCAUGUUGUUGGUAAGUGAUCCUAUUUACAGAUAUUUUUACUUUCUUGCCAAAUUUCUUUUUUUAAUUUUAUCUUAUGUAAGACAAUCAUAUUAGUUCUGCUGUUUAUUGCACAGUGAUACUGAUGUAAAGCUUUUAAUCUGCUUUCCUGUUUGUUUGCUUUUUGCAGACCUUACACUCAGGCGUACAAGCUUCACCUCUCAGGUAAAUAUUGAUCAAUGUAUAAAUCUAUGAUUGCUAGCACUCACUCUUAGGUGGAUGAUAUCAGUGAUAAGGUUCGCAAAGACUUAAUUUUCCUCUUUUUAUUCCUUUACAUCUGUUGAGGCUAGCUGCACUUAUGUGACUAUGAAAUAUCUCACAAAAUGACCAAAAGCGCUGAGAGUGUUUGUGGGUCCCUGAAGACUUUUUGACCUCAUCACAUUUCACCCCUGAUAUUUGUUCCCAGUGAAAAAUCAAACCUUUAAAAUGCUGGUCACAACUACGUAAAUUGUUGUGUUUUUGUACAUCUAAAAAUAGUUAAAUGUUUUUAUCUUACAGCUGGAUUAGAAAAAACCCCAGCAAAUAGUGCUUAAAUGGGAAUAUGCUACAAAAGCUGAGGUGUAUUUGUCUGAUAAACUGUCACAAUAUCUCAUUAAACCUAAAACAAGCCACAAAGAACUGACAAUUCUAGAUUUAAAUCUUGUUUCAAGAUGUUAAAAACCAAAGUCAAGGAUCUGAUUUCUACUUUGAUAGGUAAAAAUACCAGCUAAAGCAAAACAAAACAUUUUUUGAUAUGUUUUUUGGGGGAAUUUUGUUGUUCUACUAUGAAACAAUUCCUCAAAACUUAUAAAGAAACAUUUGCUUGCAGCCAUUGUUGCUCAUAACAUUUAAUAAUGUCCUACUGUUUGGCUCGUCUCAAAUCAGAUUUACACAUGGGCCUUUUUAAUGUAAUGAAAUAUUUUGACUUGAAAAGAAACAAACACAGAAGUAAGACUUUACUUUUCUUUUCUUUUCUCUUUUAAGCAUUUUAAAUGUUAGUAUUUGAUAAUUGGAUUACUUGCUGGAAUUGAGCCUUUUGACUGCAAGCUAAGUGUAAACAGUGAGAACAUCAAACUGGUAAGCUUGAUGUUUAUACCACUUGAAACACGUUAAACACUAGAAGAGUAAUGAUGUUCACUUUGACCCAGAAACAAGUUCUCUAGCAUAAAUAGCCUCCUUUCUUAUGGGUUUUCUGCAGCCUCUAUGUUUCUCUAUGUUGGCACACAACUGUAAACCUCCCUCAAGUCUGUGCUGUAAACACACACAAGCACAACACAGGCAUGCAUAUAUAUACACACACUCUAGCAUGUGUGUUACACAAACCAAACCUGCAGAUAUUUCUUACAAUUGCUGUCUGCAGGGUGUUGUUGAUUUGUCUUGUAUUAGUUGUAAUCUGCGUUAAUCAUUAGUCGGGUGAAGUCUUUCUCCAGGCUCUCUUCUUCAUUCUCGCUAUGCGUCUGAAGAUCCAUCUAUGAGGACAGAAUCGGCCCCAGCUGACAGAUAGACCAACCAGCUAUCAUGAGACUCCCAAGACAGGAGCUGCAUAUUUAAUAUCAGAUGUGUCUGGAUCUGCAGUGUCCUUUUAUCACCUCGUUCCCAAAGAGCAAGAAAUUCAUCCAGAAAUGCAACAUUUUUCACAGAUUCUUGUCAAAUACAGUUUUUUAUGUUCAUACAGCUGCUGCACUGCGAGGAGACACAAAUGUUCCUUUUUCAAUUGGCGGCUGUAAACAUUUCAAACCUUAUUUCACUUACAGAGAAGCGCUUUAAGGAAAUAACAUCAGUUCUGGACAUGAGAAACACCAAUAGAUGAUGGAAAUUACUCAAGCAAAAAAAAAAAUUGUGAGAAAUAAUGACACUAGAGAAAUAAAAUAUCCAACCAAAGGAAGAAAGUCACCCAAGGUUGCAGAAUCUGCGAGAAAAAUAACAAAUAUGGUGUUUCUUUAAAAACAUCUAAGAAGAAAUUGAGCAGAAAUACUGUCAUAGACUAAAAAGCUAAAAUGCUGCGCUUUAUCAAGACAAAUGGAUUCUCAUCAAGCAGUAAUACAAGUAUUGAUUUUACUGCAGCCAAGAACAUUUUGCAGAGGAGUCUAACAUCUUGCACAUCUGUGUUUAUUUGUUUAUCUGCAGGAAUGGGCCAGUGCUGAUGCAACUGCAGAGAGCGGGUCCAUGUCCCCUUCAUGGAACUCACUCUCUACAUUCACAAGCCCGAUCCAUCAGAUCCAUUAAGGAUGUUUGCUCUCCCUCUCUCUCUCUCUCUCUCUCUCUCUCUCUCUCCCUCUGUUUAUUCCUAUGUUUAUAUUUAAUGUGUAGUUUAUCAGUGUAGCAUCAGGCGGCGCUACGCAGCAUGACAGGAAAAGUUAUUUUCUCAGUUCCUUUUUCACGCGUGGCUGCAGAAUUGCACAGUUCGACAGGAUAUGAUGUUUGUUUGUUUUUAUAUGUUUUGUGAGCUGGUGAAUCCAAGUACAUGUUUUAUUAAAAUACUUUUAUAAAGUUUUCUUUUUCAUUAAAAAAAGACAUCUUUGUUUUGGGAAAAGAAGAGGAAAAGCCGUACUCAUAACAGAGCCUCUUAGGAUAUUUAAUUCAAUCUUUAUCACCUUGUGUAGUUUGAUAUAGGGACAAAAAAUCACCGGAGAGUAAAGCAUGUUUCUUUGGUUAAAAAA